AUGAAAGAAACAAUCUCUGAGAAACUUGAGAAAUAUUUCUUUAACCUUCAAUAUGAAGAUUAUGAUAAGGCUGACCAAAAACUUAUUCAGCUUUUAUCUUUAGAAACUGAAGAAUGCGAAGAAUUGUAUCAAAAAGAACCCAAACUUUUUGAUCAAUAUUUUAGAAUGACUAAAAUAGAUGAACCUGAUACUGAAUCAGAACAAGAAGAUAACUUUAAGACUAAUACAAAAACUGUAAAGUUCAAAUAUUCAGAUAUGGAAGAUGAUGAAGCAGAAUCUUCUUAUACAGCCGCUAGAAGAAGCAAUAAAAAGAAAUAUGAGUUCAAAAUGCCUGUCCACAAUGGUAUUCCAAAUAGUGGUCAAGGAUCCAAUACGAUCAAUGUACUCAAUAUUGAUUGUAUCCAAGAUCUAAAACUCAGAGAAAGAGUUGUAGAAAAAUGGGUUACUAAGAUUUCACUAAUCUUACAGACAAACCCAGAUGAAUUUGAAAAAGCAAAAAAUGUUCUACUACUUUUAGAACACAAAACUGAUGGAAUUGUGCAAAAAUUCCUAAGAAACAAUAAUUGGAAUGAAGAAAUGCAUGGUUCAGAUCUUUUUGAUAAUAUCAUAAAUGUCAUAUACACUACUUUCUUAGGUCUUGAUUAUAUUUCUAAUAAAGACUUCACCAUUAAUAAGAAAGUUGACAUAGCAAGAGUUUCAAUGACAAAACUCCAAUUACAUGAUAUUAGUCUUCUCGACAAAUACACAUGUAUGUAUGAAUCAUAUCUGUAUGAUAUUCCACAAAGAAGUGAAUAUGCGCAAUGGAUAUCUGCUUACCUCAUGAAAAUUCCAAUUAUUGGAGAAACCUGUACAGACAGAUGGAAAAAAGAAGUUACUGGAGAAAUCCAGCAAACCAGUCUUUCUUAUGCAACAAAAAUUGCAAAAGAAGAAAUUGAUAGAAUCUGUCAAGACAGAUAUAAACAACAAAAACUUAAAACAAUAAGCAAAGAUUGUUGUAGCAUUCUCUCUGAUUUCAAAAACUUUGAUAUUGGAAAGAAAAAUUAUAAUAAGAAAAAGUAUAAAAACAAAAAGAAAUUCAAAUCUUUUUGGAAAAAGAAAAGAAGAAAAUUUUCACCAGGAAAAUACUUCAAAAAACCUUCAAAGAAACACCUAAGAAGACUACUUCCUGUCCGCAAGGAAAGAAAAAAUGUAGGUGUUGGAUCUGCAAUGAAGAAGGACACUACGCCAAUGAAUGUCCAAAUAGAAAAAAAUACCCAGACAAAGUCAAGGUUUUACAAACCGCUAACAAUGGGGGCUAUGAAGCUCUUGAAGAAGAGUAUGAUGGUACACAACAUGUUUUUAUAUAUCAUGUUGAGACAGAAUCUUCAUCAGACACUGAUGAAUACGAAUCAACAACGGAUGACUCAGACUAGUCCCAUACAAACCCCACUUUUCAGAGAGGAGGAGAUUAACCAUUUUUGCGUAAACCUCCAGAAGAUUGAUGAUUCCCUUAUCAUGAAUCUUACUAAUCCAAACUCUAUCUAUGUUUCUACUUUCCUUAACUUUAAAGGAUAUAAAAAAUUUAGGGUACAUUGUUUUGUAGACACAGGUGCAUCUUUAUGUCUUGCAAGCAAAUUCAUCAUUCCGGAUGAACUCUGGGAAAACGCUCCCAAAGAAAUUAGUGCCACUAUUGCAAAUGGUGAAACCAUAAAAAUUAAUAAAGUUACAGAAGCCUAUAGCAAAGGAAAACCAGGUUUUCUUGAAACUCAAGAAAAAGGUUCUAAAGAAAAACAAAUUCCAGGAGUCUUACCUGUUAUGAUGUGCUCUGAAGAUGGGAUUCUUGCUGUUGUUAAACAAGGUGAAGAUCCUACUGAAAUACUGGCUGAAAACUGUGCCAUUAAUAGCUUUGACAUUGAUCCACAUAACCCCUCGGAUGUGAUAUGCAGUUUGGAGUGGGAGUUGGUUGCUAUCUUGACUAGGGCAUAG